AUGCAGGAGAUUCAUUGCGUCGGCAUGCUCCGCGGGAAAGCUUUCACCGAGUACCCCGUCUACACGCCCAAGAAGCACCGACACGACGAAGGCCCUAAAAGCUGGAUCCACCUCGGCCACUGCGCCGACAUGCUGGUCCAAUUCAUCCUCUGCAACGCGGGCCCGGCGAUAUUCACCAUGUCGUACGUGGAGCACCAGGAGGAACCUUGGCCGGACUUCAACAUCAACCGCCAGUGUCGGCAUUAUGGGGCACUGAUGGAGUGGGCGAAGAGCAGGGAGAUCGGCAGGGAGAAAAGGAAGGCAGGGCCGCCGAAGCCUAAGGAUUCGCAUGUGUGGCCAAAUCCGAUGUGGCAGUUCAAGAAUGGGACUUUGGAUUUUGAGUUGGGGAUACCGGUUGGGCAUCACCAUCAGGGAGAGGGAAUACCGGAGUUGUACACGAUCUAA